GCUUGCCAACCGCCAUAAAAAAAGAAAAACAAGAAGGAAACCAAGGAGGUGUUUUCUAUGUAAAAGGCGAUAUUACUGGGCCGCUGUAGGAUUCAUAAGUCGUGAUUUAUCGGUGGAAUCUCUCCAAUGUUAGGAGAUUAUUUUAUAAUAAUUUAAAACCUAGAAUCAUAAAGCAGGAGAAAAUGCAGGAUGACGCACGGUACCUUAAACGCAAAGUGACUGCAGGCAGUUUGGACGUCCAUCCCACAGAGAAGGCCCUGGUGGUCCAGUAUGAGGUGGAGGCAUCCAUUCUGGGAGAGGAUGGAGGUCCAGUGCUGGGGGAACGCAAGGAGGGGCAAAAGAUUAUCCGUGUGAAAAGCCUCUCUCCUACCACGGAUGUGGCAGCUUUGGCCAGGAAAGUGGUGGAGGAGUGUAAACUCAUCCCUGCCUCCCGUUUGCCUCAGGUGGAGCAUUUGCUCUACUACCUGCAGAACAGGAAGUCCUCCCCCGUGGAGGGGAAAGCAGAGAAGAAAGAGAAAAGGGCAGUAAAGCCCAAAGACCUGACACCAUUUGAAGGAAUGGAGUUAAACGAAGAAGCCAUUAUAACCAGAAUGGAUGAGUAUGUCGAGCUGCUCUAUGAAGGCAUCCCAGAGAAAAUCAGGGGCGCGGCUCUGAUUUUGCAGCUCGCCCGCAACCCCGACAACCUGGAGGAGCUGUUGCACAAUGAAGCUGCUCUGGGAGCUCUGGCCAGAGUUCUGAGGGAGGACUGGAAGCAGAGUGUUGACUUGGCUACCAGCAUCAUUUACAUCUUCUUCUGCUUCUCAAGUUUUUCUCAGUUCCAUGCGGUGGUGAGUCACUAUAAGAUAGGGGCGUUGUGUAUGAGCGUGGUGGAACAUGAGCUGAAGAGGUACGAUGUGUGGCGGGAGGAGCUGCGCAAGAAAAGCAAGGCUUGUGAGGCAGCACCAGAAAAUGGCUCUCUGAGGAGAGACCAGGAUAAAGCUCUGAGGAAAUACCAAGGCCUCUUAGCUAAGCAGGAGCAGCUUCUCAGAGUUUCUCUUUACCUCCUGCUGAAUCUCGCUGAGGACACGAGGACGGAGCUGAAGAUGAGGAAUAAAAACAUUGUGGGGCUGCUGGUCCGAGUUCUGGAGCGGGACGAUGAGGAGCUGUUGGUGCUGGUGGUUUCGUUCCUAAAAAAGCUCUCCAUCUUCCUGGAGAAUAAGAAUGACAUGGCUGAGCUUGACACUGUGGAACACCUGGCCCGUCUUGUUCCCUGUCAGCAUGAGGACCUGCUAAAUCUAACUCUGCGUCUGCUACUUAACCUCUCCUUUGACUCUGGACUCAGGGCCAAGAUGGUGGAAGUUGGGCUUUUACCUAAGCUCACAGCUCUGUUGGGUGAUGAGAGCAACCGGCAGGUGGUGAUGCGCAUCCUGUACCACAUCAGCAUGGACGACCGCUUUAGAGGCAUGUUUGUUUACACCGACUGCAUACCUCAGCUGAUGCAGAUGUUGUAUGACCAUGGCGGCGAGGAAAUAGAAGCUGAGCUCAUCUCUAUCUGCAUUAACCUGGCUGCAAACAAAAGGAAUGCCCAGCUCAUGUGUGAAGGAAAUGGGCUGAAGAUGUUGAUGAAAAGAGCUCUGAAAACAAAAGACUGCCUUCUUAUGAAGAUGAUCAGAAACAUCUCCCAGCAUGAUGGCCCAACUAAACCCCUGUUUAUUGACUACGUGGGUGACCUGGCAGCAGAGAUCCGUACUGAGGAAGAGGAGGAGUGGGUGCUGGAGUGUCUGGGCACGCUGGCCAACCUUACUGUCCCCGACCUGGACUGGGAGUUGGUUCUGAAGGAGUAUAACUUGGUUCCUUUUCUCAAAGACAAACUCAAACCAGGCUCGGCUGAGGAUGACCUUAUCCUGGAGGCGGUCAUAAUGAUUGGAACCGUCUCCAUAGAUGAUGCCUGCGCUGUCAUGUUGGCCAAAUCUGGCAUCAUCCCUGCUCUUAUUGAGCUGCUGAACGCACGCCAGGAGGAUGACGAGUUUGUGUGUCAGAUUGUGUACGUCUUCUACCAGAUGGUGUUUCAUCAGGCGACUCGAGAUGUCAUCAUCAAAGACACCCAGGCUCCAGCUUACCUGAUUGAUCUUAUGCAUGACAAGAACACAGAGAUCAGGAAAGUGUGUGACAACACUCUGGACAUCAUCGCUGAGUAUGAUGAGGAGUGGGGGAGGAAGAUCCAGUCAGAGAAAUUUCGCUUCCACAACAACCAGUGGCUGGAGAUGGUCGAGAGUCGACAGGUUGAUGAGGCCGAGCCAUAUCUCUACGAUAACGACAACGACCGGACGGAUCUGUUCUACAGCGCAGAUGGAAUAACUCCAGGAGACGGCUCGGCAAGCCCAGAUUUCUUCAGCGUCCUGCAGCCUCAGAAUGGAGACUUGCACCAUGCAGGAGAUGUCAAUGAUGUCUUUGACCAGAGCAGCUCAACGACAGGACGACCAGCCACGGCUUAUGGCUUCAGACCGGAUGAACAGCCGUUCUACCAGUUCUCAUAAUCUCACUCAUUCCACAAUCAUUUCUCAUCGUUGUGCAUGCCAGUCUCUGUACUGCUUCACUCUUAGUUGUCAGGACUGAACAUCUUGUAGCUCUUUAGAAAGUGACCACAUGUCUUAUACUUUAUUUAGUGAAGGUAAAGACCAGAAUAUCCAGUUCAAUUCAUACUUUUCAUUUCACCUUCUUAUUUAUUAUUAACUUAUAAAGAUAUGUCUUUCUUUUUCUCAUUAUUUUAGAAAAUAAUUG